AGAUACUAAGUUUUCAAGAUAAAAAAAGAGGAAAAAUAAGUUGAAAUGAAGUUCGAAGAGGGUUUUAUUCAGAAGGAAGAACAUCGUCCCAACCCCAAGGGAUUCUCCGCUUCCCCUGACGAUAAUCUGAAAGUCCCCGUUAUAGACUUAGAAAAGAGCUCCGCAGAGGAUGUGGGAAAAGCGUGCAGAGAGUGGGGAUUCUUCUACCUCAUUAACCACGGAGUUCCUGAUCAUCUUAUCCGCCGCCUCCAGUCCACCCAAGCCGAUUUCUUCGCGUUGCCUCUCGAGGAAAAGAAACGAAUAUACAGAGAUGCUCAAAACCCCAUGGGCUACUUCAAUUCAGAGCAUACCAAAAAUGUGAGGGAUUGGAAAGAGGUGUUCGACUUUUCGGCGAGGGAGGAGAUCGAGUUGCCCAUAUCUGUUGAUCCAAAUGACACCACUACCAAGACCGUCAGAAACCGCUGGCCGGAAGGCCUUCCUGAGUUCAGAGAAGCUUGCCAGGCCUAUGCACAGGCUGUGAGGGAGGUGUUGUCUAGGGUGCUAGAAUUGAUAUCACGGAGCCUUGGUUUACCUGACGAGCGCCUCAACGAAUUUUUCAAAGAUGAUAUGAGUAUUGCAAGGCUAAAUAGUUACCCGGAAUGCCCGAAUCCAGAGCUAGCACUGGGCAUAGGAAGACACAAGGACGUUGGAGCCCUCACCCUUCUUUACCAAGAUGAGGUGGGUGGAUUGGAGGUGAAAUGCAAGCAAAAUGGGCAGUGGGUUCCAGCUCCACCCAUGCCCAACUCUUUUGUCCUCAAUGUUGCUGACUGCGUGCAGGUGUUGACUAAUGAUAUCUACGAGAGCAUAGAGCAUAGAGCAGUGGUGAAUGAUAAUCGAAGACGCCUCUCCGUUCCAUUUUUCUUAAUUCCUUCCCACUAUGCGAUGAUAAAACCUCUGGAUGAAUUCGUGAGUGAAGAGAAUCCUCCCAAAUUCAGGGAAUUCAAUUGGGGGAAGUUUACUAAGCAGAGGAUGCGUGAAGGUCUUAAAAACUCGGGAGUUGCGGAUGUACAAAUCGACAAUUUCAGAAUCUGAUUGAUGAUGGGAAUCAAAAUGUUUUAAAAAUAAAUAACUAUUUCAAUACAUUGAUAUAUAUGAUAAAAUAAAAUAUUUCGCCAGCUCGUGAUGAUGAGGAGAAAGAGGAAGGUGAAGCUGCUUGUCACUCUGGAUGUCGCUGAUAUAUGGGGCAAAUUGGAUGAUCGGGAUCCCCUCUGCCUCCUUCUAAAAUUGCUCUCGCCGCUUUAAGUGCCUAGUCUUUAUGAUUUUCUGUUUUGUUGUUUAUCUGGUUCUCCUUUUUUUGGGCUCUUCCAAGGUGAUUCUUAUUUUCUGUCUACUUUUUUUGUGAAUAUAUGCAUUAUAUUCAUAUGUUCAUCAAGAAAAAAAUUAAUAAAUAAAAUAUUU